GAUUUAUGGUUGUUUUUCCCUUUAUGAGUUAUACAUCUUCUGGUAACCUGUCUUCAUACAGUACAUGAGCUAUUUCUGUUUCUCUCCACGGUUACUUUGACCUCCCUUUGACAAACUGAUCACGCUUUUGGAUUGUGUUAUUUUGCGUGGUGUCCUUUGCUGUUUGUUUUAGCGUAGGUGUAUUUAACCAGGAAAUACUUGGAAAUGAUGAACGGUUAAUCUCAGUCUGCCUCAAAAUAAAUACAGUCUCUCUGUAAACGUCAUGCACUACCAUGUGCCUUUCCUCCCAAUGCAAAGGUUUCCUUUGAAAUCUCAGAACUUUGAUUUACUGGAUCUGUCUGAGCGAUGGCGUGAACUAGGUGGAUAGGAUUAGCAUCGCAUUAUCGGAUGAUCGACAUGCAGGUCGAGGAGCCUAACUGCUUCGGCAUCUUGUAGCUGAAUACUUCCCUGUCAUCCUGAGUGGAGUUUUAUCUGUAUGGGAAAAUGGCCCCCCUCAUCCUCAUCUGGCUGCAGGAGUCAUAGCUUCAAACAAGACCUCAAAAUGGAGAAGAAGCGCAGAAAGAAAUGAAAACUCAAGCCAUGUCUUAUUUCGGCUUCUCGUGGUUCUGGACAUGAAAACCCCCCAAUAAUUCGAUGUUUUGUAGAGUUUAUGCUUAUGUUCAGCUUUUUUUUCCCCAUACAUGAUGAGUUAAUGGACAUUAUAGCCUGCUGAGGGCCUCAUGAAUAGUGGACUCAGACCUUCUUGGAUGGAUUGCAUAUCAAAAAGGACUGCAGGGACCAUGACUCUAUCAGCUGUCUGGCUUUCGAUGGUCGUUAUCCUGCUCAUUGGCAGGUUUCCAUUGGUUGGCACAGAGAGAGAGGGUGGGGCUUCCUCCUCCUCCUCCCCCUCCCCUUCCUCUCUGUCAACAGCAGAGGAACCUGUGAGCUCAAACUGUUCUCGGCUCACUCUGAAACUGGACUUUUCCUCUGAAGUAGUAGAACACGAGUACAUAGUGGCAUUUAAUGGCUACUUCACGGCCAAGGCUCGCAGCCAUUUUAUCAGCAGUGCCCUGCGGAGCUCGGAGGCGCUGAACUGGCGGAUCGUGCCCCGGGAGAACCCAGCCAGCGACUACCCCAGUGACUUUGAGGUGGUUCAGAUCCGGCAGGACGCCCACAGCAGUCUGCUCACGUUACAGGACCAUCCGUACAUCAAGAGAGUCACGCCGCAGCGCAAGGUUUUCCGCAGCCUCAAACUCAUCGAUUCGGGUGAGUCGGGGACAGACUGUAACGACACGCGGUGGACGCAGAAGUGGCAGUCCUGGCAGUCCUCUCGGCCGCUGCGGAGGACCAGUCUGUCUCUGGGCUCGGGCUUCUGGCACGCCACGGGACGCCACUCCAGCCGCAGGCUCCUCAGAGCCAUCCCCAGACACGUGGCCCAGAUACUGCAGGCCGACGUUCUCUGGCAGAUGGGUCAUACUGGUUCUGGGGUGAAAGUUGCAGUAUUUGACACAGGACUCAGUGAGAAACAUCCACACUUUAAGAACGUGAAGGAGAGGACAAACUGGACCAAUGAGAAAACACUGGAUGACGGGUUGGGACAUGGCACAUUUGUUGCUGGAGUCAUUGCUAGCAUGAGGGAGUGUCAGGGUUUUGCUCCUGACUCCGAGCUGCAUAUAUUCAGAGUGUUCACCAACAACCAGGUGUCCUAUACCUCUUGGUUCCUGGAUGCCUUUAACUAUGCCAUCCUGAAGAAGAUUGAUGUGUUAAACCUCAGUAUUGGUGGGCCAGACUUUAUGGACCACCCGUUUGUAGACAAGGUAUGGGAGCUCACUGCCAACAGAGUGAUCAUGGUCUCUGCCAUUGGAAAUGAUGGACCUCUGUACGGUACUUUGAAUAACCCAGCCGAUCAAAUGGACGUGAUUGGAGUUGGAGGAAUCGAUUUUGAGGACAACAUUGCUCGUUUCUCCUCCCGAGGCAUGACCACAUGGGAGUUGCCCGGUGGCUAUGGCAGGGUUAAACCAGACAUUGUUACCUAUGGCUCGGGUGUCCGUGGCUCUGGGAUGAAGGAGGGAUGUCGCUCACUCUCAGGCACCAGUGUCGCUUCCCCUGUGGUGGCUGGGGCCGUCACACUGCUAGCCAGUACUGUGUUGAAUAGAGAGCUGGUAAAUCCUGCCAGUAUGAAGCAAGCUUUGAUAGCAUCUGCCCGAAGGUUGCCUGGUGUCAACAUGUUUGAACAGGGUCAUGGUAAACUAGAUCUGCUCCGAGCUUACCAAAUUCUCAACAGCUACCGGCCCCAAGCCAGCCUGAGUCCCAGCUACAUAGACCUGACUGAGUGCCCGUACAUGUGGCCCUACUGCUCCCAGCCCAUCUACUACGGAGGCAUGCCAACCAUCGUCAAUGUCACCAUCCUCAACGGCAUGGGCGUGACGGGCAGAAUCGUCGACAAGCCCAUCUGGCAGCCCUACUUACCCCAGAAUGGAGACCACAUAGAUGUGGCCGUUUCCUACUCCCCUGUCCUCUGGCCCUGGGCAGGCUACCUGGCUGUGUCCAUCUCCGUGGCCAAGAAAGCAGCGUCUUGGGAAGGUAUUGCCCAGGGCCACAUCAUGGUCACUGUGGCCUCACCAGCUGAAAAUGACUCGGCCGUGGGCGGAGAGAUGACGUCCACUGUUAAACUGCCCAUAAAGGUGAAGAUCAUUCCCACACCCCCCCGCAGUAAGAGAGUGUUAUGGGACCAGUACCAUAACCUGCGUUACCCACCUGGCUACUUCCCCCGAGACAAUCUGCGCAUGAAAAAUGACCCGCUCGACUGGAACGGGGAUCAUAUCCACACUAACUUCAGAGACAUGUACCAGCAUCUCAGGAGUAUGGGAUACUUUGUGGAGGUUCUGGGUGCACCCAUCACCUGCUUUGAUGCUAGUCAGUAUGGGACAUUGUUAAUGGUAGACAGUGAGGAAGAGUAUUUUCCGGAGGAGAUCACCAAACUGAGGCGAGACAUUGACAACGGCCUGUCACUCAUCAUCUUCAGUGACUGGUACAACACUUCAGUAAUGAGGAAGGUCAAGUUCUACGAUGAGAACACCAGGCAGUGGUGGAUGCCAGACACAGGGGGCGCUAAUGUGCCAGCCCUGAACGAGCUUAUUUCUGUGUGGGGAAUGGCCUUCAGUGAUGGCCUGUAUGAAGGAGAUUUCACCAUGGCAGAUCAUGACAUGUACUACGCCUCGGGCUGCAGCAUCGCUCGCUUUCCUGAGGACGGGAUUGUUAUCGCUCAGACCCUAAAGGAUCAAGGGCUGGAGGUCUUGAAGCAAGAGACCGCGGUUGUUGACAACAUCCCUGUGCUAGGAUUGUAUCAAACACCUUCAGAGGGUGGAGGUCGCAUUGCCCUCUAUGGAGACUCCAACUGCAUAGAUGACAGUCAUAGGCAGAAAGACUGUUUCUGGCUGCUCGAUGCUUUGCUGCAGUACACGUCGUACGGCAUGACGCCUCCAAGUCUUACCCACUCUAAAAACAGAGUGGCUCCCCCGACAGGCACGGACAGGCCUCUGCCAGAGAGACUGGAGGGCAAUCACCUCUACCGCUACUCUAAAGUACUGGAGGCUCACCUGGGUGACCCCAAACCCCGACCCCUCCCUGCUUGUCCUCAUCUGUCCUGGGCUAAACCACAACCUCUGAAUGAGACUGCUCCCAGUAACCUUUGGAAGCACCAGAAGCUUCUAUCAGUGGACAUGGACAAGGUUGUGCUGCCCAACGUCAGGCCAUAUCGGCCCCAGGUUCGACCCCUGUCCCCCGGGGAGAGCGGAGCCUGGGACAUCCCUGGAGGUAUCAUGCCAGGCCGCUAUAAUCAGGAGGUGGGGCAGACCAUCCCGAUGUUUGCUUUCCUGGGGGCCAUGGUAGUGUUGUCCUUUUUUGUGGUACAGCUUACUAAGGCGAAGAGCAAGCCCAAACGCAGGAAACCUCGGGUCAAACGUCCUCUCUACCUCCAACAGCAGCAACAACAGCAGGUUCUCCACACGGGAAAAAACCCCACAGUGUGAGCAGCCACACUGCACACCAAAGACUCAACACACCAGAAUCAUGUACAUGUGUGUGGACAGGGUGGUCAUUUGCUGACCAUCGGGAGGGGUUGUGUCUGACAAACUGCCCCCCCUCACCCCACCCCCCGCGAUGAAACCAGUCAAAACUGCCACCCACUAAACCAGACGAAGGCCAAGCCUAAAGGACAAGUGCCCCCCCCCCCCCCUUGCUCUCUUCUAAAGAGUCUUUCAUUUCAGCGACCAAAAGGAGGAGUUUGGUUGCAUUCCUCCUGUCUUUCUUUUUUUUAAUUUAUUGAUGAUAAUGUGUAUUUGAUGAUUGUCUGGUUUGACUUGUGUAGUUUAAUGGAGGUCAAACAAAAUGGAAAAUGACAGAAAUGCUCUGAUUUCUGCUGAACUACAAUUUGGGACAUUUCCUUUCUCUCAGUCUCUCAUAUCUCUCCAUUUUUAUAUUGCAAGACAAUUUUUUUGGUGAUUCACUGUCAUUUUGUCCUGUUUUCUGUUUUUAUAAAAUGGGCUGUGUUAACAUUUUGUAAAUAAUAUCCAUUUUACUUCACCUUUGCUGGUGCAGUUGCAUCAUCAAUAUUUUAAAUAUAGCUCAUCUGUUAUUAAGCGGCAA